AUGAAGUCUCUUUUAGUUGUGGCACUUUUGAUCUCUACCUGUUUGGCGGAAAAAAAGGAAAGUGCACAACCGCGACUAGCCCGUGCGCCACAGGGACACAUUCAGUACAGCGAUCCCGAUGGUUUGAAAGUCAGCUGGAAGCUCUACUCACCGCAUUCGCAAUGGAGGUCCCAUUUAGAAGAGGCCCAGCGGAAUGAAAGAGCUGAAAGCGGAACUACUCAGCCUAGUUUCGGAUCUUAUCAAGGAGAACUGAUUAGACCUGCUGCUAAUGCUGCUGCUCCUGCUAUUGCAUCGGAAAAGUCUGCGCAGUCUAUCCAACCAGUGCAGGUUCAAUACAAACCACAUUCGAUGGUGCCGUCACAUAUCAAGCAGUUGAUCCACGAAAUGUACGAGCCCCAGGCACCUUACAUCGACCCCGCAGUGUUUAUCUACCGCCCUCAUCGGCAGCUGGAGGAAGCCAGGCAACGUCAGCAAGCUUCGUCUGAACAAGACAAAUCCUUUGAGCAAGUUACGUCUCUGGGGCAACACGACGACGGCCUCUCUUCAUUCGAACAUAUUCCGAAAUUCCAAAGCGAGUUCUCAUUUGACAAGCCUAAGCUCGAACUUGCGCAAUACGCCGAUGAUCAGUCGGGUUUAUUUGCUACUACUGCAACGCCCCUGUACGGAACUGUACCGCAGCGAGAACCAUUCUCCGGUGAAGAACAAGAAUUUUCUCAGGAGAAACAGCAUCAACAAGCUCAAACACCACGGCAAAAUGAUAAUAUGCCAAAGGAGAUUCACGAACUACUGAAUCUUCAGGCUCAGAUUCCUUAUCACGUGAUUGCCAAUAAAAUUGUUUACAAGCCCAAAAGUAUGUUUAUACCAAAAGCUUUCAAGGAAGACGCGAAAACUCCAUACAAGUACCGCACAAAAGUUUAUUACAUAAAGAACGACGAAGCCGAAGAACAAAAGAGUAAAGAGCGAAAAGAGCGGGAGGAACCGAAAGAUUCUUUCGAGUUUUCCCGAGAGCAACAGCAGCAGGAAGAGUAA